GGUCUCACAGCGCCGGGCCCUGUGACCUCACAGGGACAUCAUGCUGCGGCUGGGCACAGCUGCUAGUGCUGGUGGUCACUGCCGGAGCUCUGCUCAGCGUGACAGCCGUCUCCAGCGUUGUUGUGUUCCUCAGGAGAGAGCAGGAUGAAGCUCAGCCUGGCUCUCCUCCUGGCCGUGGCUCUGGCCAUGGCUUUGUUCCGCCUGUGCGGCCAGGGCCUCUGCAGCCAGCGCUGCUGGGAGAGGGUCAGGGUCAGCAGGAGCCUUGGCACCACGCGCCAGGUCUCCAACUGGCCCUGCAGCCUCGGCCUUUCCAGCUGCCCCAGCAGGCUCCGCCUCAGGCUGAACACCGUGGUCCCUUCAGAGGGCCCAAAGCAACGGCCCGUCGGCACCGAGCGCCAGCCCUCCGAGCUGCCCGACCCCCUGGGCCGCUUCUGGGAAUACCUUGCCCAGGGCGGGAGAGUCUGGCUGCUCUGCGAUAACUGGGACGCCGUCUGCCUCCUCGGCGUGGGGCUGCUUGCCCUCGGCCUCUGGAGAACAGUACAGAGACACCGCAGACAGGGAACGGGCCGGUGGGCCUCAGCUUCCGUGGGGACAGACCGCCGGGGAAAGGACGCUCUGGAUGAUUACGCCUUGCUCUGCCGGAUGGAGGCCAACACUGCCUUCAUGGUGAGGUGCCUGAGGCGCCUCUACCAGCUCCGGCUGCAAGAGCUCGGGCUCCCACAGCCGAGGAACAAGGCACUAAACAAGCACAGGAAAAGAAGAGCCCCCUGGCGUAGCCCCGGCAAAUUCGUCUAGAGCGUGCACCCCGUGUACCGGCGACAGGAAAGGCAGCGCAGAGAAUUGACAGCGAGCCGGUGAGGCAGGACGCACCUCAGCCCUCCGAAGGCUCCUGCGCUGAAGGCACCUCCCCUGACAACCGGAUGCCAACACUGCCCCGAUCACCUCCUCCCUGCAUGGGCGCCACCGACAUUGCCAGCUGUCCCCUGGUGGGCUGCCCGUGCCCAGCCAGCACAACAGCCAGCGGGGAAUCAACAUUCGUCUCAUGAGGACCUCCAAGGAGAAUCCCCUUUUGCACCCUCCCAGAGGCGCCGCUGGGGCUGCUGGCAUC